AUAUAUCUCCUAGAAAACCCUUAAAUACUCGCUGUCUUGCACACACACGCGAAAAAAACCCUAAAUAUCAGCGGUAUGGCGGCGGCUUUUGCUUUUGGAAGUGCUCCCACGGCAGAGAUGGUUGAUCAAGUCCCGAAACAACAGACGGUCCCUGCUGAGACUCAGGUAGCCGCCGCGGCAACAGUGGCGGAGGCGUUACAAACGCACCCUAACUCGUCUCUCUACGUCGGAGAUUUGGACCGAAGUGUCAACGAGGCACAUCUCUUAGAUGUUUUCAACCAAGUGGCUCCUGUCCAAACUGUUAGGGUUUGUCGUGACUUGACUCAUCGCUCUCUUGGAUACGCUUACGUCAACUUCGCUAACCCUAAUGAUGCGAUGCGAGCGAUGGAUAUUCUCAACUACACACCGAUCAAAGACAGACCUAUAAGGAUCAUGCGCUCGAACCGUGACCCGAGCACUAGACUUAGCGGUAAAGGCAAUGUUUUCAUCAAAAACCUAGACGUAUCGAUAGAUAACAAAGAUCUCUACGACACGUUCUCGACCUUCGGGACCAUACUCUCUUGCAAGGUGGAGUUGGACGUAUCGGGAAGGUCUAAAGGGUACGGCUUUGUUCAGUUUGAGAAAGUGGAAACCGCUCAGGAUGCUAUAGACAAGCUUAACGGAAUGUUGCUUAAUGACAAACAAGUCUUUGUGGGACCCUUUGUUCGCCGUCAGGACAGGACUCGGUCCGAGAGCGUUACAGUUCCGCGUUUCACUAACGUGUACGUGAAGAAUUUGCCUAAAGAGACUGAUGAUGAUGAGCUGAAGAAGACGUUUGGGAAGUAUGGAGAUAUUUCAAGUGCGGUUGUGAUGAAAGAUGAGAGUGGGAACUCUAAGUGUUUUGGGUUCGUGAACUUCGUGAGAUCUGAAGACGCUGUGGUUGCGGUUGAGAAGAUGAAUGGUAUUAGUCUUGGUGAGAAUGUGUUGUUUGUUGGGAAGGCGCAGAAGAAGUCUGAGAGGCAAGAGGAGUUGAAGAGAAAGUAUGAGCAAGAGAAGAUAAGCCGGUUGGAGAAGUUGCAAGGAACAAAUCUGUAUGUGAAGAAUCUUGAUGAUAGUGUGGAUGAUGAGAAGCUCAAGGAGAUGUUCUCUGAGUAUGGGAACGUGACAUCGAGCAAGGUUAUGAUGAACUCAGGAGGUUUGAGUAGAGGGUUUGGUUUUGUUGCGUAUUCUACUCCUGAAGAAGCGUCAAAAGCUAUGAAUGAAAUGAACGGGAAGAUGAUAGGAGCGAAACCUCUUUACAUUGCUCUGGCUCAACGUAAGGAAGAGAGACGGACUCACCUUCAGACUAAGUUCUCUCAUAUGAGACCAAAUGGGACAAUGACUCCAAUGACAAUGCCUGGGUUCCAUCAUCACCCACCAGGAGGGGCAAUGGCAGGGCCACCACAUCAACAAGUGUACCUAGGCCAGAACGGUCAAGGUCUGAUGCCGUCACAGCCUAUGGGAUAUGGCUACCAACUUCAGUUCAUGCCUCGUCCGAGGUAUGGCCCGGCCAACUUUGUGAUGCCAUACCCUCCUCAUAGGCAUAACCAGCAUGGUCCUCGGGUUGGGUUCAGGCGUGGCGCUACUAACAUGCACCAGCAGCACUUCCAGCAACAACAACCGUGGGAGAUGAUGCAGCAAAACGCAAGCUCAGGAAUGAGAUUCUUGGGAGGCGCAGGCAACAGGAGGAAUGGGAUGGAAUCAUCUGCAGCUCCACAAGGCAUUGUCUCUUUGCCAUUGGAUUCAUCUGCAAUCUCUCACAAUGCUUCUCAGAAGCCACCACUCCUCCCCAUUUCUAAGCUCUCCUCUGCCUUGGCUCUGGCCAGCCCCGCCAAUCACCCACAGAUGCUCGGGGAACAGCUCUUCCCACUUGUGGAGAAGGAGGAGCCAGUUCAUACCGCCAAAGUUACAGGAAUGUUGCUGCAGAUGGAUCAAGCGGAGAUCUUGCACCUUCUCGAGUCACCUGAAGCCCUUAAGGCUAAAGUGUCAGAGGCUUUGGAUGCGCUCAGACUCUCUGCUAAUCCACCAGCUGUGUCCUCCGUUGAUGACCAGUUUGCUCCCUCCUCAACUGAGUGAACCAGCUCUUUAUUAUUAGUCAAGACAAGCAUUUGUUCUGGCUUUUAUUAGACAGUCUUAAAAAAACUUUUAGGAACUCCUCUUAAACUAGUUAUCUUGUUUUUUUUUUCUCGUUUGCAAGGUUGGUUUGUUUUGAGUUUUAAUACCCACAGGUUUUUUUUUCUUUAACUCUUAGCACUAUGUAGUUAUGAGCCUAUCUAAUGAUAGAACUCUUUUACCUU